CUUUCCUUCUACUGCUUUUUUUUUAUCAUUCAUGGCUGCCAUUGAACAAAAGUCAUCCUUUGCUAUACCCAAAUUGGCCCAAGAUCUGAUUGCUGGCACUAUUGGUGGUUGGGCUCAAGUCGUGGUUGGCCAUCCUUUUGAUACCUUAAAGGUUAGAAUGCAAACUCAACCUUCACCACCUAUUUAUAAGAAUGCUAUGGAUUGUUUUAACCAACUGGUCAAGUCUGAAGGACCCAAAGGUUUAUAUCGUGGUGUGGCUUCUCCUUUAGCCGGUAUUGGGUUAUGUAAUGCUGUGGUUUUCAUGUCAAAUGGUGAAUUCAGACGUAUCCUUCAAAAUGGUAGCAAUCGCGAAUUAUCUUUGGCUGAAAUUGGGAUUGCAGGUGCUUUUGCUGGCUCUGUUAUGUCUUUCUUUAAUUGCCCUAUUGAAUUACUCAAAGUCAAACUUCAAACCCAAGAUCCUAAAGGUGUUAUUGGUGCUAAUGGCAAAUUAGAACCUCCUUACAAAGGUGUUUUGGAAUGUGGUGUUCGUACAGUACGUGCUCAUGGUAUUCAAGGUAUCUAUCGGGGUCUUGGUAUCACUCUUCUUCGUGAUUUUCCUAGUUAUGGUCUUUAUUUUGUGACUUAUGAAGGAUUGAAACGUACAUUCCAAUCAAUGAAGAAGAACCCUGAAGAACAAUUAAGUACUUUUGAUUUAUUGAUGGCUGGUGGUCUUGCUGGUUUUGGAGCCUGGAUUCCUGCUUAUCCUCAAGAUGUCAUCAAGAGCCGUAUGCAAAACGAUCCUCGGUUGAAAUCCUCUUUGGCAGCUCUUCGUACUUUAAUUCGUGAAGCUGGUGCUCGAAGCUUACUCAGUGGUGUGGGUCCUACCAUGGCUCGUGCCUUCCCUGCCAAUGCUGCUACUUUCUUUGCUUACGAAAUGGCCAUGGAUGUUAUGAACAAAUUGUAGAUGAUUAGAGUUUUUUUAUUCCUUAUAUAUGUAUUCAUACACAACACACUCUUUCAUACGUCACUCUGCAUAGUGAUCACUCUCCUCCUUUUUUUUUUUUUUUUUUUUGU